CUUCCUUCAAGCUAUCAAAUCACCUGUUUCCUUAACUUAAUUUCCUUUUUAUCGUAAUUUCUUCAUAAAUCACCAUUUUUGAAAACCUUUUUUUUUUUUUUUAAGUUCCCAAAGAUGGGUGGAAAUUCACCAUGCGCUUCCUGCAAGUUGCUUCGUCGCCGCUGUGCUAAGGACUGUAUCUUUGCCCCUUACUUCCCUUCCGAUGAUCCUCACAAGUUUGCCAUUGUUCACAAAGUUUUUGGUGCUAGCAAUGUCAGCAAAAUGCUUCAGCAGGAGCUGCCAGUGCAGCAAAGGGCGGAUGCAGUGAGCAGUUUGGUGUAUGAAGCGAACGCAAGGGUGAGAGAUCCAGUUUAUGGAUGUGUAGGGGCCAUAUCUUUCUUGCAGAACCAGGUUUCUGAGCUUCAAAUGCAGCUCGCUGUGGCUCAAGCUGAGAUACUUUGCAUCCAGAUGCAACACCAAGUCCAAGACCCCAUGCUUCAACAACUUCCCAACCCCACUCCAACCACCGCACACGGCGGUGCCACCGCCUCUCAGUUGUUAGACGACCAACUCCAUUAUGACAAACCCUUUCUCCUCCACAAUCAUCAUCAGUUCAUUAAUUCUACUACCAAUGUAAUUCAUGAUCAAUAUUCUGUCAAGAGAGAGACCAUCUUUGGAGACAUGGUUUCUUAAUAAUAAACUCUCCUUUUCUUUUC